AUGCCUCGUCCAAAAAAGAGAUCAACAAUGGCAAAGAAAAUAAACAGAUUGGCUAGUAGUAGAGCUUUUAUUAAAAAAAUACAAUUGGAAAAUGAAGAUUAUGUGGACUUGGAGUUUGACCAUGAAGAUGAUAUUGUUUUGGACAACAGAGAGCUCCAGAGAAUGGGUAUCGGAAGCAAGAUUUCCCAAGAAACCUGGGGGACUACUCCUGCCCCUCAAGACACGUCACUCGGUCAACUCACCGUCGACGUCAACGCCCACAAGUCCGGUACCACCCGUCAUGGCUCACUGGUGAAGCAAACCACCAAAGGAAUCCACCGUCUGGUAUCCCUCACCAGAAACUGGCCAAAGCCAAACUUGUCUACAACACACGUGAAACCAAUAUGCUGGUUUCUUGGUGUAGAGUACAAAAAAGAAUAA